AUGUUAAUAUUCAUUUGCGGUCUUAUAAGGUUGCCUUUAAAUAUAAAGAUGCUAUUUGCGUUCAUGAGCGAUUCACUGCCGAUAUUUGGAAGCAGAAGGAGAAGCUAUCUAACAAUUGGAUCUCUCACUGUUUUAUUUGCCAUGUUGAUGUUGGGUAUUCCGAAUGAACAAGGGAUCGUUGCAACAACAUCCUAUUUGACGCUGUCUUAUCUGGGAAUGACAAUGUGUAAUGUAGUUGGAGAGGCGCUCGUUAUAGAAUCUGGGCGACAUCAGUCGAACGACCAGGUCACGCGGUCCAUGUCUGCUUUUUGUGCCUUUAGGAAAUUGACAUUUGCCGCAAUACUCUAUUUGGGUGCUGUCCUUAUGAUGGUAGUUCCAACGAGAAAGGUGUUUUUGAUAGCAUCAGUGUUGCCAAUUAUUGUCUUCAUAACGACGCCCUUUAUUCAAGAACGUGAGGUUGUUGUAUUCCCAAGCGUUCAAAACCAAUGGUCACGUCUGGUAACAUUUGCAUCUAUGCCAGAGAUUAGGAAACCUGCAUUCUUUCUAUUUAUAACUAUGCUUGCUCCAUCUGCUUGGACCGCAAUGUUUUAUUUUAUGACGGAAAAACUACAUUUUGAGCCGGAACUUUUUGGAAGGUUGGCAGCCGUCCAGGCUCUGGCUGGUCUGAUUGGUAUAUAUUGUUAUGCAAAGUUUUUCAGGGAGGUUAACGUACGAAAACUUUUUAUUAGUGCAGCAAUUCUGGUAUCAUUUUUCUGCCUACUAAGUAUCGUAUUGGUUAAAAGGUGGAAUCUUGCUAUGGGAAUUCCAGAUAGUGCGUUUGCCAUAACAGAUAACUCCAUGUUGGAGUUUGUUAGCGAGAUUUAUUCAAUUCCGAUAUUUGUCACAUCCAUACGUCUGUGCCCACAGGGAAUUGAAUCAAGCAUGUAUUCACUAUUGUGGAGUAUACAAUUUGUUGGAUCUAAUGUUAGUACAUACAUUUCAGCCUUGGCAACGCAUCUUUUCGGAGUGGACAAGGGAAAUUUUGAUGGACUUGUCCCACUCAUCAUAUUAUGUUCAGUUUUGCAUUUGAUCCCAAUCAUGUUUGUCUGGAUGAUUCCUGAAGGAGUACCAGGCAAUACUGUUGGUGAUCAAUCCGAACUUGAUUCAUGUCUUACUCAUGGUAAGUUGAAUAUUUAA